AUGGCGCAACUAUCAAGCUCGCAAGAUGAAUUCCACAUCGCCAUUGUUGGCGCAGGCAUAGGCGGUCUCACCGCUGGUAUCGCUCUGACGCGACUGUUGCCAUCCACCGUAAGGGUCAGCAUUUUCGAACAAGCUCGGGAACUGAGGGAGAUCGGUGCCAGCAUUGGAAUUGGCCCUAAUGGUCUGCGCUCACUUGAAAAACUCGGCGUCGAUGCCAGCGCAAUUGACGAGGUCUCUUUCCGCCAGCCUGAUAAUAGGCCUUUUGUCUAUCUCCACUGGCAGACCGGCGAAGUGCUAAAGCAGACUGUCCACCACAAUGUCUCGGACCGUCGACAUGCGAUGGCCCGUUUCCACAGAGCUCACCUCCAAAGACUAUUGCUAGAGAAACUUCCCAAAGGCGUCAAGUUGCACCUGAGCAAGCGGGUCAAGGCAGUGCAGGUCAAACCGGAGCAAAACGGGCAGGGGGGUGUGAUUCUCACUUUUGAGGACCGCACCACCAUUAACGCAGACCUACUGAUCGGGGCUGACGGUAUCCAUUCUUCGGUCAGGAAGACGUUUGUUCCAGACCACACGCUGCGGUGGACAGGAGGUGUUACUCUCCGAUCGACGUUUGAUGCCUCGCUUGUAGAAGGCAUUGAGGGCCUACCGCAAAAUGCCGUUUUCUACUUUGGUCGCGAAAGAAGUUUGUUUGCAUCAAGAUUAGGGAAGGGCCAGUAUACCGUUGUCGGCUCAUAUCAAUCCAACGUUGAUGAUCCGGAGGAUCCUUACUAUAACGCGAAAUGGAAUAGUGAGGGGGAUCUAGAGACAUUGAGAAGCUACUACAAGGGCUGGCAUCCGGUCGCACAGGCUCUCGUAAAUGUGGUGCCCUACACACGAAUUUUUCCUAACGAGAUGGGUGUGCCGUUGAAAUCAAUGACUUUCCAUGGCCGGGUUGUCCUGAUUGGAGACGCCGGGCACACUCACGGUGGUGCGUUUGCAGCAGGCGGUGCACUGGCAAUCAACGAUGCUCAUGCGCUUGCUUUGGCGUUAACUCACGUCUGGCGAGCUGAGAAUCAAUCACGGCUAAGUGCUCAUCAGUUAGCACAGGGACUGGAUCUCUUUGAUAAAACCAGACGGCCACAUGUCAACAGACUAAUUGAAUUAGUACAGAGGAUCACGGAGCCUCCGUUGGACGCACCGAAGCCCGCAGAAACUGCAGAGGAGAGCGAUGAAGACUUUAGGAAGAUGAUAUCAAGUAUGGGGGAUGAGAAUUGGAUUGCAGAGCAUGACGUAGAGGCUGCUUUCCAAGCUGUCUUGAGAGAUGGUGAUUCUGCGAAGCUCUAA